AUGGAUAUCCUCAAGGUGCUCUCGCGCGGCAUUAAGUCAAAUCCGAAAAGCAGGGCCCAGGGCGCAGCGGCGACAGCGCAGCUCCCCUCGGCUGGCGCCCUCCCCCACCCACAGCUCUUCCACGACCCGGUCAGCACCAGCUCGCGAGGGAAGAAAAGAAAGAGGAGAGGGGAUGCGCAGGGUGAUGAGACGGAGCACCAGGAUGACGACGAAGACCUCAGCGAUGUCGAUUACUUUGCCCCGAAGAAGCCCGCCGCCGAGUCUGCGCCGGCAGCUGCCGAGGAGGACCCGGCCCCGAAGAAGCGCAAGAUCAAGCUGCUUGACGAAGACGAGUGCCGCCAGAUUCUGCGCUCGCACCGCAUGAAGUUUACCGUUCUCUCGGGGCUGCGCCAGACAGAGGCUGCGGAAGGGCCGGACUCGAAGAAAGACAAAAAGCAGCAGCAGCAACAGAAGAAGAAGGACAAGGACAAGAAGAGCAAGGAGGAAGACACCAAAAAGGACGACCAGCACAAAAAGCAGAUCUUCCCGCAGCCGCUCACCUCCUUCGCCGAGCUGCGCACCACGUACGACAUCGCCCCGCAGCUGGCCGCCAACAUCGCUGCGCAGGGCUUCCGCGUGCCGACCGAGGUGCAGAUGGGCAGCCUGCCGCUGCUGCUGCGGCCCGCGACCGCGCUGAAGAAGGCCAGUAGCGCUGCCGUGGACGUCGUCGGCAGCAGCGGCGCCGACUUUCUCGCUGUCGCGCCCACCGGCAGCGGCAAGACCAUCUCGUUCCUCAUUCCGGCCAUUGACGGCGCGCUGCGGCGGCGGGCGGAUGAAGGGCGCAGCAGGGACGAGCACGUGCUGCAGGCCGUGGUGGUGGCGCCGACGAGGGAGCUGGCCAGCCAGAUCGUCAAUGAGGGGCGGAAGCUGGCGUUUGGGACCGGGGUCAGGGUGGUGUUAAUGAAGAGGAGCUUGAGGCUGGUGGCGGAGGAGCUGAAGGGUGGGGAGGAGAGCAAGGGAGAAAAGGAGGAGGAGAGCAGUGGUGGGGAGGAGGGCAGUGAGGAUGAGGAGGAAAGCGGGGAGGAGUCGGAAGAAGAGAAGACAGGCAAGGACAAGGAAGGAGCCUUGAAGCCGCCGGCGAGGGUGGAUAUUCUGGUGACAACGCCCAAGACUUUGCUCAAUUUUCUGUCUGGCGGCAAGUCCGGGGCACGCAAGGUCCUCCCAACCGUCAGAUCGCUCAUUCUCGACGAGGCCGACGUCCUCCUGGAUCCCAUCUUCCGCAAGCAGACCAUGGGCAUCUGGCGCGCCUGCACGCACCCGGACGUCGCGCUAACCUGCUGGUCCGCCACCAUGGCGUCCAACAUCGAGGCCCUCGUCACCAAGCAGCUCGAGAAGCGGUCCAAGCGGCCGGACAGCAGCCCCCGCCCGCUCAUCCGCCUCGUCGUCGGCCUCAAAGACACGGCGGUCCCCAACGUCACCCACAAGCUGAUCUACACGGCCACGGAAGCCGGCAAGCUGCUGGCCCUGCGCCAGCUCCUGCACCCGGUCUCGUCGGCCGACUCGGGCCCGCCGCUGCGGCCGCCGUUCCUGGUCUUCACGCAGACCAUCGAGCGCGCGCAGGCGCUGCACGACGAGCUCAAGUACGACAUCCCGCUCGAGGCGGGCGGGCCGGCGCGCGUGGCCGUGCUGCACUCGUCGCUGCCGGACGCCGCGCGCGCCCGCAUCGUCGCCCGCUUCCGCGCGGGGGACGUCUGGGUGCUCGUCACCACCGACGUGCUCGCGCGCGGCGUCGACUUCGCCGGCGUCAACGGCGUCGUCAACUACGACGUGCCCACCUCCGCCGCCGCCUACGUCCACCGCGCCGGCCGCACCGGCCGCGCCGGCAGGCACGGCGGCGUCGCCGUCACCUUCUACACCAAGGACGACAUCCCGUUCGUCAAGAGCGUCGCGAACGUCAUCGCGGCCAGCGAGCGGCAGGCCGGGAAAGCGGCCGGCCAGGGCCAGGGGCAGGAGGGGACCGCGGCGGUGCCGAAGUGGCUGCUGGAUGCGCUGCCCAAGGUGGCCAAGGAGGAUAAGCGGAGGCUGAAGGUGCGCGGGGUCGAGUCCCGGCGGACGGGCGGCAAGGCGUCCAUCACGACGAAGAGCUCGUGGGAGCGGCGCAGGGAGCAUAACCGGCUGCAGGCGAUCGAGGCGAGCAAGCGGCGGAAGAGGCAGCGCAGGGAGGAGGCGGGCAAGGGGGACAAGGGGGGUGGCGGUAAGGCGGCGGCGGAGGAGGAGGAGGGCGAGUGGGGAGGCCUGGAUGAUUGA